CUCGUUAACUGUAUAAAAGGCGUGCCUUUCUUGGGAAAUCAAUAAAUACACGAUACGGGGGUUAUAGUAAUUGUGAACUGGAGGUGCUAGCACCUGGUCACGUAGGAACUGGUACUCCACAUUAAGUUUUCACGUUUCAUUUGGAUCCGAUGCUUUCGUAGUUUACGGUAGUUACAAACUUUUGGAUUACCACGUGCUCUGGAUUGGAGUCAAUAGGAAGCCGUUGGAACGGAGGAUACACGAGUUGGGAUUAACUUCAGUAAACUCGGACUAGUAGAUGAUGUGACUGUCUCGCAAGAGGAGGUGGGAGACACUUAAAAAGGCUUCUCCUCUGUUUCUCGCCCCAACACCCUUCUCUAGGCAAACUCACUCUGAUUCACGUGACCGCAACUUGAGGAGUAAUGGCGACUAUUUCUUCUGCUCUUUAAGGGGACCGACACCGACUGCGCAUGUGCAAGUUGCAAAAGAGGCUGUGUAUGCUGAACACUAGGAGGCGGUGAUGUGAACUUUUGCAAUUGGUCGACGCUGGAUAUUCGCUGGGAAAAGUGGAAAAAACUACAGAUUUUCUAAGGUAAAUAUACCUUUCUCGAAUUGAAUGGAAAUUUCAGCAUGUGAAUGACAUUACUAGCUUCUGGCUGUGGAUUAUGCUUUCAAACUGAGCGGACUAACUUUCUGCAAAUACUUUACUAACUUUGUGUCUCCGCGAGUGACGAAUCGGAGUAACCCGGAGAUCGGUUUCAUCAUACUGUGUGAUUCAUAAAUUCGAUUACUGAUUCUGGAAGUGAGUUUCACGAGACGCAGGAAAAGCAUGUUAUAACCCAGGUAGGGUCUUGUAAACAUUUUCAACUUCACGCUGUAGUCAUCAUCUCUUGGCUGACCUAAACUAGCAUUCCUUCUUUCCAUUUGGUGCGAACGUAACCGCAAACAUGCCUGUCAUUCCGAUCAUCAACAAAGACCUUUCUGUGGUUGCAAAGCAACUUAACGACAAAAUCCACGAGCACAAAACUCAGCGAAAACUAGUGUUAAUAACAGUAUGCAUCGCCCUCCUUUUGGAUAACAUGUUGUACAUGGUCAUCGUACCAAUCAUUCCGGAUUACUUACGGAGUAUCAAUGCUUGGGGUGAACCGACAUAUUUCUUAGUUGGUGGAUACAACUAUUCUAUAUCAGUCAAUGGGACGGACGCUGAUGGUAACCGGUCUUAUACACCAGUUUAUAACUACUCCGCGCCGAAACGGACACUUGAUGAGAGAAUAUAUGACUCUGAGGACACUGCAGUAGGAGUGUUGUUUGCUUCAAAAGCUAUUGUUCAGUUGCUGUUCAACCCCCUCUCUGGUACUCUUAUCGAUAGGUACGGUUAUGAUCUACCCAUGAUGUUUGGCUUAUCCGUCAUAUUUCUCUCUACGGCUUUCUUCGCUUUCGGUGAGAGCUAUGCAGUGCUAUUUGUCGCCAGGAGUUUACAGGGCUUGGGGUCAGCAUUCGCCGACACGUCAGGACUUGCCAUGAUCGCGGACAGAUUUACAGAAGAAACCGAAAGAAGUACUGCUCUCGGUAUUGCCCUGGCUUUCAUAUCAUUCGGGUGCUUGGUCGCACCGCCGUUCGGAGGUGUGCUGUAUCAAUUCGCCGGUAAACAAGUCCCAUUCCUGUUCCUCGCAACAAUCGCUCUAUUUGACGGUUUCAUUCUGUUAGCGGUGAUGAAACCUGUCCGGCAAAUGAGGGCGGAAUUCUCAAAGGAAAUGCCCAAAGGAACCCCGAUCCACAAACUGAUCAUUGACCCUUACAUAGCAUGCUGCGCUGGAGCCCUUGUCAUGGCAAAUGUGUCCCUAGCGUUCCUCGAACCUACUAUUGCGAUUUGGAUGAGAGAGACAAUGGACGCUAGCGAAUGGGAGAUGGGGAUGAUCUGGCUACCGGCUUUCUUUCCCCACAUCCUCGGCGUUUACUUAACUGUCAAAAUGGCCAAGAAAUACCCACAAUACCAAUGGGCAAUGGCUGCUGGAGGUCUCGCCCUCGAGGGCGUGUGUUGUCUAAUAGUACCGUUCUGCAAGUCAUUUGCUGUACUCAUGCUACCUAUUUGUGGUAUCUGCUACGGUAUUGCUCUUGUAGAUACUGCAAUAUUACCAACAUUAGGUUACCUCGUGGACGUCAGACACGUCUCCAUUUACGGCAGUGUAUACGCUAUUGCUGAUAUCAGUUAUUCCCUAGCCUAUGCCUUUGGUCCCAUUGUAGCCGCCUCUAUUGUACAUAGUAUAGGCUUCAUGUGGCUAAAUAUAGGAAUAUUUCUCAGCAAUAUCAUGUACGCGCCAAUGCUUAUUUUCCUGCGACAUAUCUAUGACUAUAAACCGUUCGAAAAUGAAAGUAGCGUUCUCGUUGACGAUCCACCGCAUCAGAAAUAUAAAACAUAUCAGAUGAAUGACAUUGCCAGUACAGAUCCGAAGGAGGUUGGCGAAAUGAAGAACCACCUGGAGUACUCUCUCACUCCUGACCAGAAGGGGAAUGCGGAGAUAGUGAACCCACUCUAUGAACCAGGUCACACGGAACAAAAGACCGUGAAUAACAUGAACGCGACCAUGCCCAAUUCUAAUCAUAAUUCGCAUCAGAGGAUGAAGACGAGAUCGCAGAAAGACUCGCCGUAUGCUGACACUACUAACAUUCUAGAGUCAUCUGAUUCGGACUACUGACAGUGAAAGAAACGGUUGAAAAUGUCAUCGCUCAACAGACUGUAUGCCCGAGUGAUUGCAGGUGAUUCAUCACGCUACUUCGUGAUGGGUUUCCUGGGAUGCUAGGCAUUGCAGGUGGGUAAGGGCUGGUUGUGACCAUGGUCGAAUCAAACGUCUUCAAAUACAACGCUGAGACGUGCGGUGUUGGGGUUGUCCCAGUUCAUGAAUGAGACAACUGGCAUGGCAGUGGACGUUAAUAAUACUACAUGUAUUGCAGGGCAGUUAUUUGAUCUUUUUCCACCAGAUGAUAUGACUGUUAAGGUUUGACCCUGGCGUUUUUGACGAACAGAUUAGUUUUGUUUCGAAAUUGGCUUUGUAGCUUUUUGUUAACCUUGUACAUGUGUAUCGAAAAUAAGGAAAAGAUAUUUCUAGAUUUAUUCCGCAUAAACUCGCGGGAUUAUUUCGUGAGUAGGGAAAAAGACAAUUUAUUCUGCCCCCCAAAAAAGUCAGGGUUUAAUCAAUUCCCUAUUAGUUGUGUGUUUGUCUUAAUAAAUGGAUGUGCAGAGUUUAGUGUCUCCGAAUUAGAAACAAGACAUUUAUAAAGAUUAAUACGAUGACAAGGGUUGGUUUAGAAAGCAUUGCCAGGUGUAAACAUUUGAAAUGCCCCAGAAAAAUAGUUUCCGGGGGACGAAUGAUUCUAUUAUACGUGAAGUCAUGGUAUCUAUAGAAUCGUAUACAUCAGUCCCAUACAAUAUUGACGGACACAUUUUCCGGACUGGGCAUUUUAGGCAGCUACACCGGCAUUUGAGUAGUAGGUUUUGUGCAAUGCUGAAUCACCUCUUCGGCGAGAAGGGAGACAGUGAACAUAGCGGGAAAGGGUUUCCUUGACCAACUGUGGUCUAAGUCGAAGGUGCUUAUUAAGUAAGUUGAUGAAGGGGUGUAAUUUCGCUGACUGCCAUACAUGUAUAUACAAACACCAGUUUGUGAUACGUGGCGAUUACUUCCGAACUGCAACAUGUAAGACUAACAUUGCAACGACAAUAUGCUGUAGAUAAUGGGAUAUAACAAUAUUAUGACAACUCUGAAACUGGUUUAAGAAGGCACGAUAUGACUUAAAUUUAUUCCUCAAAUUACAUAAGGUCUGUAGGCUGUUUGUUGCUAACUAACGUGGUUUUUACCUAUCUUGAAUACUUGGGUAGUUUUGUAAUGCUUAGAUAGAUAGGUAGUUAAAUAGUUAAUUGAUAGAUGCCAACAAAUUGAGAGAGUAGAUUGAUCGGCUGCAAAGACUUGAUGGUGUAACUUAUCAUUUUCAUUGGGAUGACGAGAACAGUAGAGUUAGAGUCGCUAUUCUUCAUGUUUGGUUUAGGAGAUCGAAGAGUGACCGAUAUUUGUGUCGGUAUCAUCAAAAGGUUGUGAUAGAAAUAUAGUUAGUAUAUCCGAAGCAUUGAUUUUAUCAAGAUUGACAUGACAAGUUUGUCAGAACUAAGGUGUUAUCUAUUACAUCCUGUCAUUUAAAAUUGGUCGCUUUUCAGUUGGUCUCCACUUAAAGUGAUCUAAUCCCAGCAUUCUGGUUGCGACUUGUCAUCAGAAGAUUUCGUAUGAUUGGAAAUUGCACGCAGAGACCACAGAAUCUAUCAGUGCAAGUUUGACUUAUGAUCACAUGUUCGAUCAGAGCAGGAAUGUUAAGGAGUGGUUAAGCUACAGGUUCUUCUGGGCCUGUUGGAAGAACAGUAUUAUGUAGAGGAAGCACUCACAGCUAACAGUAAUGUUUUUGUCAGCAGAUUUUGCAUGGCGGGAUAACAUCCCUUUAAUACCCAAACUUUUGUUGAUAGUCCUCCGCUAUCACUUACAUGUAGAUACUUUGACCUGUUAGAACUGAUUUUGUUUUGUGAUGAAUGGUUGAAUAUAGAAGUAAAUGUUACACGCACUAGAGUCAAUAGUGACGUUAUUUUCUUGUUUUGUUAGUUUCUUUCAGAUUCUAGACUGGUUGUGUUUAAAAUGUUUGCAAGCUUUAUGAAGAAGGCCAAGGAAUAUCAUAACACCUUAAAUCUCCAUAGAUACAUGUAUUUGAUGCCAUAUGACAUUUUUUUCAUCAACUACAUGUACUACGUUUUCGUUUGAAAUCAUCAAAAAUCUGAAAGCCAUUUUCUCGAGAAAUGAUAAUAAGGUGACAGUAGUAAUGAGAUUUCUGGUAAAAGGUUAACGUUGAUAUUCUAUGGUAUCACUUGUCUUUACUUCACAUGGCUUUCCUCUGUGAUUGUGUUGAUACGCCGACCAUUCGGAUGAAUACACGACACAACGUGUGAUGCUAUUUUGUAAAUAAUGCGAACCUGGCCUACGUCAAACAAAUUAUGAUGUCAAAGACAGUUCAAAACGGCUGCGUCUGAAGGUGUUAAUGAGUUGCAUUGUUUAUUAGCUGGGGACUGGUUUAGGCUUGACUGAGAUGAUCACGAAGACUACCAAUUACUGAGAUUUUCCAAAUAAAACUGGUGACUUCUGCAUCACUAGGUUCAUCUGCGUCAGGAUAUGCCUGCAGUUAUUUUGCUCAAUGUUGAAUUGAAUGCAACUCUUGACAAGAGUACUGUUUAGUUCAUUUUGAUGCGAUACUUGGUAAAUCUUUGCCAUCGGGUAGAUCCAGGUAUUUAUUAAAGCUUCAAACACACACCGGGCAUAAUGACAAGUUCAAGGGUAGGUUUCACCUCAAGUACCCUGAAAUAAUACAUAUCUUGAAUAAACAAAAUGUGGUAACAUGUUGCUCUUUAAGUUUCAUAACUGGAGUUUUUGGCUGAUACAUGUACUUAAUUAGCUCUUCAUAACGUAUAUUUGCCCUUGUCAAUUUAAGCCCAUCGACCCCCAUGAAAGCGGUUUCGAGGGAUCGAUGUUAUCAAGAUUUGCCCUGAUAACCCUUUGAUAAAGCAGUAGAACAAUGGGAAUUUAGGCCUAGGUGCGAGCGGGCUUUGUUCAAAUACAAAAGCCGCUGAAUUCUUUUGACUGCGAGGUGAGGGGCAAAACAACGGAAUGAUGUAGAUUGACUAUCCUUUGUUAAUAAUGUGCUGGUGUUGGUAACCUUAACCGGGCAAGGGUGCGGAAAUCUUUCCCAUGGAGAUUGCUGUCAGUGUCAAGUUCAGGUUGCCAACUUUAUUGGUGGGUUCCAGUAACCUCUUGACGUUAUCUCAAUCAAAUGGUCUUUAUCCGGAAUCCAAUCUAAUGAACAUGUCUCAUGUUUAACCCCUUGGGGCUCAAGUUAAUUAGUGUAGUAUAUUGUUAUACAUGUAAAUAUAUAUAAAGUGUAUAUUGGUGCAGUAGAAUGGUUUAGUAACGUUCAUGAUUCAUAGUUUUCUGAUGUUUUAAAAUGAGGUAUUGAUAAAUGUGAUACCAACACUGUUGACUAAACGGAUGGAUGUUUUGUGGUUUGUUUUAUUCAUAGGAUAUGAUAUUUGACAGUUGUCAAAAUGGUUGUGUUUUGACAGGUAUCCUUGGUGUUUAACUCGAGGAAAUGUCCGUGUGUUUACACGAUGAUAUUUUCGUGUUUGCACAAGUUAAAUAUUUUCGUGUCUUACACGAGGAAAUUUUCGUGUUUUGACGCGUGGCAAUUUUCGUGUUUUCUUAACUGAGUGAAAAUUGUCGUGUUUUUUCACGAGGAAAUCUACGUGAUUUCACACGUGGAGGUUUUCAUUGGAAAAUCUUCGGAUUUUCACAUGAAGAUUUCCGAUAUAUGACUCAGCGUAAUGAUUUCAUUCAUGAUGUACAUUGGUGAUAUACAUGAAAUAAUAAUAGAAAUGAAAUGAAUGAAA